AUGUGCGAAGUACCAACUCUAGUUUCUCCUCACUCAAAGAAACGAGGGGCUGAGGAUAUGGCCAAGAAAAUUUUAAAGAAAAAGAAGAAGACGAAGAAGAGGCAGUUAGUAAUUCCAACAGAAUCAUCCGAAGAAGAAGUGCCUGAAACAACCGAACCCAAACCUAUUAUAGAGCCUACUUCUCCUAAGAAGAUUGUUGUCAUACCACUAGAAGUUUCAUCUGCGAAAUCAUCUCAUGAGGAGGUACAAACUUCAGACAUCACUGCAAACGUAUCUGAUACGGGUGUAUAUGGCAUCAUGGGUGAAGUAGAUCUAUCAAAGGAAAGUACUCAACCUCCACAAGACAUAGGGGGAGGAAGUUCAGUGUCCAAUUUUGAAAUUGAUGGAUUGAUGAAGGUUUUUGAGGCACGAAUGGUGAGUAGAGUGUCUGGUAUGAUCAAAGACACAGAAUCAAGAAUCCUGGAGAAGGUAAGUGAAGAUGUAAAUUUGAAGCUUCAAGAGCUUCGUGACAACAUGGUUCGUGAAUUUACAGUUGUUCAGAAUGAUUAUGCUACUCUGCAUAAGAAAGUUGAUAUUAUUUGUGAUGCUGUCAAGAAAUAUGUUACGUUGUACGAAAGCUUGAGUCCUCAAAUUACUCAACUUUCUACAACUGAAAAUCAAUAG